UGACAAAUCCACUGCCUGCCUGCCUGUCAGACAACACGCUAAGUUAGCGGUGUUACUUUGAGCUCGCCAUUACAUUUGUGCCCGCAGGGGGAUACACUUCACAUUAUUUUUGAAUUAAAAAGACAAACCAAGACUUGAUUGAUUUUACGGCAUUUCUUUUUAAGAGGCCACCUAAAGCUGCUCUGGGGGGCGGAGUGCCUGCAAAGUGUUGCUCCGAUCGGGGCGCUCGAUCGGGGGACGAGAGAUGGCGUGCUUGUUGGAGGCCCCUCUCCGCGUCAGUGUGCUGUCUGAAGUCACUGCCACGAGUCGCCAUUAUGUGGACCGCCUGUUCGACCCCGACCCACAGAAAGUGCUGCAGGGAGUCAUUGACAUGAAGAAUGCUGUAAUUGGCAAUAAUAAGCAGAAAGCCAAUUUGAUCGUCCUGGGAGCUGUGCCGAGGUUACUAUACCUUCUGCAGCAGAGCUCCUCCACCCUGGAGCUGAGGACAGAGUGUGCGGUGGUGCUGGGCAGUCUGGCCAUGGGUACGGAGAACAAUAUCAAGUCCCUGGUGGACUGCCACAUCAUCCCCGCCCUUCUUCAAGGCCUCUUGUGUCCUGACCUGAUUUUCAUUGAGGCCUGUCUUCGUUGUCUCAGAACGGUCUUCAUCAGUCCCGUCACUCCAGUGCAGCUGCUCUACACUGAUCCCACUGUGAUCCCCCAUUUAAUGUCUCUGCUGAGCCGCUCACACAGGACACAGGAGUACACAACGCAGAUCUUCUCCCACUGUUGUAAGACUCCAGAGCACCAGACAGUUCUGUUUAACCACGGCGCUAUUCAGAACAUCGCUCCUUUGCUAAUAUCGCCUUCUUAUAAGGUGCGUAUGCAGGCAUUAAGAUGUUUCUCAGUGCUGGCCUAUGAGAACACUCAGGUGUCCAUGACGCUGGUGAAUGUGCUGGUGGACGGCGAGCUGCUCUCUCAGGUAUUUAUCCGAAUGAUGCAAAGGGAUCAGCCCAUUGAAAUGCAGCUAACGGCAGCCAAAUGUCUCACGUACAUGUGUCGAGCAGGCGCCAUCAGGACGGAUGACAGCUGCGUUGUCCUAAAGACGCUACCGUGCCUGGUGCGUAUGUGCAGCAAGGAGCACCUUUUGGAGGAGCGGGUGGAGGGAGCCGAGACGCUUGCCUUCCUCAUGGAGCCCGAUGUGGAGCUGCAGCGGAUCGCCAGCACCACUGACCACCUGGUGGCCAUGUUGGCAGAUUACUUCAAGUAUCCCAGCUCUGUGUCAGCCAUCGCCGACAUCAAGAGGUUGGACCACGACUUGAAGCACGCACACGAGCUGAGGCAAGCGGCUUUCAAACUGUACGCCUCGCUGGGCUCCAAUGAUGAGGACAUCCGCAAGAAGAUCACAGAGACGGAAAACAUGAUGGACAGGAUAGUCAGCGGCCUGUCAGAGUCCAGCAUUAAAGUUCGCUUGGCAGCCGUCAGAUGUCUUCAUAGUCUUUCACGGUCGGUGCAGCAGCUGAGGACCAGCUUCCACGACCACGCCGUGUGGAAACCUCUCAUGAAGCUGUUGCAAAAUGCCCCUGAUGAAGUCUUGGUCAUGGCGUCUUCCACACUAUGCAACCUCCUGCUGGAGUUCUCACCCAGUAAAGAGCCCAUCCUCGAAUCAGGAGUGAUAGAACUGCUAUGUAGUCUGACCCAGAGUGAGAGUCCUGCACUUCGGGUCAACGGAAUCUGGGCCCUAAUGAACAUGGCCUUCCAGGCAGACCAGAAGGUGAAGGUGGAGAUUGUUCAAUGUUUGGGUACAGAGCAACUCUUUCGCUUACUCUCUGACCCCGACGCCAACGUGCUGAUGAAGACGCUCGGUUUGCUGCGGAAUCUCCUGUCAACACGCCCUCACAUCGACCAGAUCAUGAGUUCUCAUGGGAAGCAGAUCAUGCAGGCCGUCACGCUCAUCCUGGAGGCCGAGCACAGCGUGGAGGUCAAAGAGCAGACACUGUGCAUUCUUGCUAACAUCGCUGACGGCAACACGGCCAAGGAGCUCAUCAUGACCAAUGACGACAUGCUGCAGAAAAUCAAAUACUACAUGGGUCACUCCAACGUGAAACUGCAACUCGCCGCCACCUUCUGCAUCUCUAACCUCAUCUGGAACGAGGAAGACGGUUCUCAGGAGCGCCAGGACAAGCUGAGGGAGUUGGGCUUCGUGGACAUGUUGCACAAACUCUCGCAGGCCUGCGACGCCAACCUCAGCGACAGGGCCAAGACGGCCAUGCAGCAGUACCUGGCAUGACCACAGGCGGGUGUCACAAGCAUCACUCGGGGAAGACACCUGCUGUUUUUGUUUGGUGUACAGCUGAAGUUUUUUGAGUUGCACAAAGACACCUUUCUUCCCCCCCCCCCCCCCCCCCCCCAUUCUUUCUUUCAUUCUUGUAACGACACGGCUUCCCUUGACGGCUUGGAGAUAUCAUUAUUUUUUGUGGAGCCUUUUGGUGUGACAUCUGUUUGUCAUGGACUCGACUUGUUGAGGAAACUGGAUGACAAGAUUUUUUUUUUUUUUUUUUAAAGAGGGUGCUUUCCUUCUUUUUCUCCAAGACAAAAGACAAAGGGAAAGGAAACAGACAACUAUUUUGAAAUGUGGAUGUUUUCAUUCCUGUGUAUACAUACCUCGUGAAUAUAUAUAUAUAUAUAUAUAUAUAUAUAUAUAUAUAUAUAUAUAAAAUAUGAACAUAUAAAUAUCUAUUUUUGGAAUGUUAUUUUCCCCCGUUUUACCCCGUGUUGUUUUAAGACAUGUUUAGAAAUAAAUUAGUUGUUUGUCUUCAGUCUGCCUAUUGAAGCAAAUGUUUCGUCACGCACUCAGCCCUGUGGCAUCCUGACUCCUCUUUUCUAUUUGUGUUUAACUUUUUAAUAAACGUACUUUUGUACGUAUUCCCAGAAAAUGAACUAAUUGAGAAUCCCCCCCCCCCCCUUUGUAAACAGUAAAUUGCAUCACAGGAUAAGAGCAUUAUGUGUCAUGUAUUCUCAAUCAUGUUUUAAGUUUUCCUUUUUUUUUUUUUUUUUUUCCCCUUCCCUGAAGUGUUCACUGACAUCUCACUAAUGCUCUGAUGGGAUGAAUGUUCUCCCAAAAAAUAUAUGCAGUCCCUGCAAAGGAGCUAAUGUGUGCUGCUUCUUUAUUUUUCUGGUAAGUCAGUCUGAAAUAAAACAAAAUGUGAUUAAAGUGUAGACUUUUAGAUUGGAAUUAAAAAGUUUCAUAAAAAAAAAAACAAUAUUGAGAAUUUAUCAUUACCAAUGAGUGACUUGAUGGUAUGGUUGGGCAUCGUUUGAAUUUGAGCAUUUCCUGUUCCUUAUUUCGAUUCCGGUUCCAAACGAUUCUCAAUUCUGAUUCUUUUCG